GUAUUCAGACACACUGCUCCUUCAGUUUGUAUCAUCACAUGAAUUAGCAACACGGAGGCUAGCUAGCUGUCUACAACUGUUUAAACAGCUGAAAUGAGUUUCCUGGGUGGUUUAUUUGGUCCUGUGUGUGAAAUUGAUGUCCUACUCAAUGAUGCAGAGACUAGGAAGACAGCAGAACUCAAGACAGAGGAUGGGAAAGUGGAGAAGAACUAUCUGUUUUAUGACGGAGAAUCUGUCUCUGGGAAGGUGAAUCUCAAUGUGAGGCAGACAGGCAAGAGACUAGAACACCAAGGGAUUCGAAUUGAGUUUGUUGGGCAGAUUGAGCUUUUCAGUGAUAAAAGCAACACGCAUGAGUUUGUGAACCUGGUAAAGGAGCUUGCCCUGCCAGGGGAGUUGACUCAGAACCGAAGCUACGACUUUGAGUUCAUGCAGGUGGAGAAGCCAUAUGAGUCUUACGUUGGAGCCAACGUCCGACUAAGAUAUUUCCUCAAAGUGACAAUAGUGAGGAGACUGUCUGAUCUGGUGAAAGAGUAUGACCUCAUUGUCCAUCAGCUGGCCACUUACCCUGAUGUGAACAAUUCCAUCAAGAUGGAAGUUGGCAUUGAAGACUGUCUACAUAUAGAGUUUGAAUACAACAAGUCCAAGUACCACUUGAAAGAUGUCAUUGUGGGUAAAAUCUACUUCCUUCUUGUGAGAAUCAAAAUCCAGCACAUGGAACUUCAGUUGAUCAAGAAGGAGAUGACUGGAAUAGGGCCUAGCACAACUACUGAGAUGGAGACUGUUGCCAAGUAUGAGAUUAUGGAUGGAGCCCCUGUGAAAGGAGAGUCUAUUCCCAUCCGUCUAUUUCUGGCUGGCUACGACCUCACAGCCACCAUGAGGGAUGUCAACAAGAAGUUCUCUGUGCGGUACUUCCUCAACCUGGUGCUGGUGGAUGAGGAGGACAGGAGAUACUUCAAACAACAGGAGAUUGUUCUGUGGAGGAAAGCUCCUGAGAAAAUAAGGAAACGGAACUUCCACCAACGCUACGAGUCUCCUGAGCCACGGCCGACCCUUACUGCUGAGCAACCCGAAAUGUGAAGACCACUGGAAACAGAAAAUGCUGAGAAUGAUUCUGAUUAUGCUUAAAGUAAAUAAGGAGAGGGGUGCAGACAGCCAUUUAAUACAAGUACCUUCUGCAAGGUUACAGUCUCUUACUGCUACACCUGAAUGGGCUUGGUCUACUCUGCUGGCCACAGCAAGCACUCUUGUUAGCUUACUGUAUGGACUCGUCUCUUUGACACACAAUAGAAAGCACUGGAAUGGGAGCCACCAUUUCUUUUAUAUUGCAAAAAGAUUUGACCUACCCUUCCUGUAAAAGAUGCACUUGGUUAGGCUCAACACUGGGGACAUGGCAUACAAUCAUACACUACUAGAUAUUUCAAAGGACAUUCCAGUACAUGUAAGCAGGUCAAAUUGAAUAUGAUGGGUUAAUGUCGUGUUCAACGCUGGCUGUGGGGUCAGUUUCCAAGGUCAAGCUCUAAGACAAUAGGCAUUCUUUGAGCUCAAAGGGUGCCAUGUUUAUAAUUCACUGAAAUGGUGUGAGCUCCAAAAGUAUUGGAACAGUGAAUUUUUUGUUGUUGUUUUGGCUCUUUACGCCAGCACUUUGGAUUUGAA